AUGGCCCAGGUCGCGCACUCGACAGACGCACGCCAUGGAUCCUUGCAGCAGCGGCUGUCGACUCUGUCGACGCUCGCCAUGGCAUUUGCCAUUUUAAACACGUGGAUUGCUCUCGCCGGCUCCAUUGGGCUUAUCCUACCGUCCGGUGGCUCCGUCGCCUUUCUCUACGGCUUCCUCUUCUGCGUCGCCUGCAGCUUCUGUGUCGUCGCCAGUCUGGGCGAGCUGGCCGCCAUCUGGCCCACGGCCGGCGGUCAGUAUCAUUACGUAUUCGCAUUGUGCACCGAGAAAUGGCGCAAGCCAGUGAGCUUCUUUGUCGGGUGGACAAACAUUGCCGGCUGGCUCAUCGUCGUCACUGUGCAAGGGUAUUUUGCUGGCAAGUUUUCCGUCUUCACUUUGAUGUGCGCGUUGCUGAUUCCAAUAGCACAAUUCAUUUCUGCGGCUAUCGUUGUCGCCUCCAACGACUCGUACCAAAUAACACCCGCACGCACAUAUGGCACCUUCCUGGCCGUCCUGACAGCCACGACCGCCAUUAAUAUCUGGGGCAACAAUAUACUAGGAAGGUGGAAUACCGGUGCUUUGUACUGGUCCGUCCUCGGUGUCGUGGUUCUCAGCGUGGUUCUGCUGGCCAAGUCUGCCAAAACUGACGCCGAAUACGUCUUCACCGACUUUCAAAACGAAACCAAGUGGCCAGAUGGUGUGGCUUGGCUCCUCGGUCUUCUGCAGUCAGCGCUCUCCCUCACCGCGUUUGACGUGGUCCUGCACAUGACGGAGGAGAUGCCGAAUCCGAGACGCGACGCACCGCGCGCCUUGCUGUACACCAUUGCCGUGGGCGGCGUGACAGGCCUCUUGUUUACUCUCGUCAUUCUGUUCUGCUUGACAGACCCCGAGAGCAUACUCACGUCUCCCAGCAACAUGCCCAUCGUGGCCAUGGUUCUCCGCGACACGCAAAGCCGGGCAGCCGCUACCAUCAUCAGCCUGAUGUUUAGUGUCUGUUUCAUCAACGGCUCCAGCGCAAGCAUCACCAGCGUCAGCCGGCUGCUGUUUGCCAUGGCGCGCGACCGCGGCAUCAUUUUCCACGACUUCUUCGCGCACAUUACGCCGCGCCUCAAUGUUCCCGUUCGUGCCAUCGUCUUCUGCUACGGCUUUAAUGUCUGCUUUGGGCUGUUGUACCUGGGUCCGACCGUUGCGUUUAGUGCCUACGUGGCGUCUCUCGUCAUCCUACUCAACUUAUCCUAUGCGGCGCCGACCAUAAUUGUCUUGAUCCGGGGUCGACGAUUGUUACAGGUAUCCCAGCCGAUGAAGGUGUUUCUAUUACAGCCAACGCUCGGCAUAGUCGUGAAUGCUGUCUCCGUGCUGUUCCUCAUUGUCACGUCAAUAUUUUUCUGUUUCCCUACGUCACUCCCAGUCACGAGUAAUAACAUGAAUUACGUGUGUGUGGUGCUUGGCAUAUACGCAGUCAUAGUGUCACUGCUCUGGCUACAGUGCCGCAACACAUUUCUUGGACCUAACCUCGAUAACAUCGCAACCCAAGACCAAGACACAGCGUCUCCGCAGCUCGAAAAAGCCACCAGCUCCAGAGCAAUGGUCGAGACGGUUGAGAAUAUCAAAUAA